AUGAGCAUCUUGCUGCCCAACAUGGCGGAGUUCGAUACCAUCUCGGAACUGGAGGAGGAGGAGGAAGAAGCGGCAACGUCGUCGUCGUCGCCGUCGUCGUCGUCGUCGGUAUCAGGGCCUGACGAUGACGAGGAAGAUGAGGAGGAGGAGGAAGAAGAAAACGAAGAGGAGGAGGAGGAAGAAGAGGAGCAAGUGGAGGAAACGCCGCCCCCGCCUCGGGUAGUGAGCGAAGAGCAUCUACGGAGAUAUGCCCCCGACCCUGUAUUGGUGCGGGGCGCCGGCCACAUCACUGUGUUUGGCUUGAGCAACAAGUUUGAUACUGAAUUUCCCUCAGUUCUAACAGGGAAGGUGGCCCCAGAAGAAUUUAAGACCAGCAUUGGCCGUGUGAAUGCAUGUUUGAAAAAGGCUCUCCCAGUCAAUGUGAAAUGGUUGCUCUGUGGUUGUCUCUGCUGCUGUUGCACAUUGGGUUGCAGCCUGUGGCCUGUUAUUUGUCUCAACAAAAGAACCAGAAGAUCAAUUCAAAAGUUGUUAGAAUGGGAAAAUAACAGAUUGUAUCACAAGCUUGCUUUGCACUGGAAGUUGACUAAAAGGAAAUGUGAAACUAGCAAUAUGAUGGAGUAUGUAAUACUAAUAGAAUUCUUACCAAAAUAUCCCAUAUUCCGACCUGACUGA